AUGCGGAAUGCGGGAUCAGUCAGCGGCAUCUCACUUUUUCUCCAAAACCUCUCCCCCACCACAAUCCACAAACUCCCGGGCUCCGUGGCUUUAGCACACCUGAUAUUGACGCAAAGCUGCAGCUUGUAUUGUAAUUUUCCUUCCCGUCUCCGCAAUGGCCGACAACCAGACCUCAACCCAAGAGUCAUCCAGCCAGGGUCGCGGCGGGCGUCGCCGCGGCCGCGGAGGGGCAGCCCCCCGGGCCGUGGAGAUUCGCAACAAAAUACCGGCGAUGGAGAAAGACGACCGAAGCCUCGCACCCGCGGCAGUGGUCGUGGCGCUGGAAAUGCCGGCCGACAAACUCGCAGUACCGAUCAGACCAACAGCCACGAUACUCAGCCUUCGAAAGCCACGACCACAGUAACGAAGAAACCGGUAGAAGCGGCCACAGACGAUGCGGAUGAUGGCGAAGUUUGCUUUAUUUGCGCUUCUGCCGUCGAACAUACUUCGGUCUCUCCCUGUAACCAUAGGACGUGUCACAUUUGUGCGCUUCGGUUGCGGGCACUGUACAAGAACAAGGCUUGUGCUCAUUGCAGGACGGAAUCGAACUUCGUGAUCUUCACAGAUGAUCCAGUGCGACGAUAUGAGGAGUUCGACAAGAAGGACUUUGCUCGGACUGACCACAAUCUUGGUAUCGAAUAUGGAAGUGACGAGAUCUUCGGAGACACCGUGCUACUGCUGCGAUACAAUUGUCCGGACGAGGACUGCGAUGUGGCCUGUUUGGGGUGGCCAGACUUGCACCGCCAUGUAAAGAGCAAGCACAGCAAAGUUAUGUGUGACCUUUGUACCCGUAACAAGAAGGUCUUUACCCAUGAACAUGAACUAUUCACCCCGGCGGAACUGCGUAAGCACGAAAGGUCUGGCGAUGACAAGCCUGGAGCUAUAGACCAAAGGGACACCCCGAGUGUGGAUUUUGUCGUCAACGGUUCUACGGCGACGACGAGCUGUACGCUCAUUGCCGUGAUAAACACGAACGUUGCCACAUCUGUGACCGACGCUCCUCCCAUCGUCAACAACAAUACUAUAUUGACUAUAACGCAUUGGAGAAUCACUUCCACAAAGAUCAUUUCGCUUGCCUGGAUAAAGAGUUUUGUCGUUUUCGAGUCGCAAAUGGACCUGAAGGGUCACCAAAUAGAGGCACACCCCGAAGGGCUUUCGAAGGACGUUCGGCGAGACGCGAGAAUGGUUGAUCUGGCUGAAUUUGAUAACAUGCGGACUCCUUACCAACAGCAACGCCAACGUCGUGGUGCUGGUCGAGGCCGUGACCCCAACGCUGAGCCACUGCCUGUCUCCAGUGCGCAGCCAAUGACCCGUGCGGAAGUUGCAUAUCAGCGACAAAUGGCUAUACAGAGUUCUCAGUCUGUCUCAACACGCAACUUUGGAGGCCAACUGACUCGAGAAGAUGUUCAACCCGUGCGUGCUCCGGAGCGAUCCGCCGCUGCUACUCCAGUGCAGUCUGCUCCUGCGUCACGCUCUCAAGCCCUCCCUACUGCAGCAUUCGAAGGCUUGAACGUUUCUGCCAACUCCGCACCAGCGACCGCACAAGAACAGACCCGCCGAAUGCGCCAUGCGGCUGUAAUCGAACGUGCUUCGAACCUCCUCCGCAAUGAUGCCACCAAACUCGCCGAAUUCCGCAGUAGAGUAUCAAGCUACCGCGCCUCUUCCAUCUCAGCAACCGAGCUUAUCGAUGCCUUCUUUUCAUUAUUCGACACAUCCAGCACCGAGUUGGGCAAGCUCAUCAAGGAGCUCGCCGAGAUCUACGAGGAUGAAUCCAAGCGCUCCGAUCUCCUGCGAGCCUGGAAUGACUGGCGUGCCAUCAACGAGGAUUACCCUGCCCUUCCUGCUGGUGGUCUCUUACCUGGCAUGUCAACAGGCGCCGUCAACACUGGCGGCAACCGUGUCUUGCGUUUGAAGUCAUCGACUGCUAAAUCCUCCCGCUCCGCCGUGGGCAGAAGCGGCGCUCUUCCAAACGCCCCCUCCAACCCCUUCCCACCCCUCUCUGCCGCAGCUGGCCCCUCCUCUCGCCGUGGAAAGGCCACCGCUGCUACCCCUUGGGCAACAGCAGCCCCGCCAUCUUUCCCCCGCCCUGCAAUGCCUAGCCCGAUCAGUCGCCCAUCAUCUGCAACACCAUCCUCCAGUCGCGUUCCCGCUGCGCCCGCCCCCCGCGGCGCUGAUUCUUUCCCCGCUCUCCCUGCAGCGCCCAAGCCCAAUGUUCUCAUGGCUGGCAAGACCCGCGGUACCGUUCGCUGGAACGAAAACCGCGGCCCUGCCCCGAACGCAUGGGGCUCAGCCCCGAGUUCCGGAACCGCCUCUCCGGCCGAACCCAGCAAUGACGACUCAAAUAAUGGCAAAAAGGAAAGAAGAACAAGGGAAAGCAAACCCUGUUCCACUUCGGUUGAUUCACUAUCAUGUUUCGAUUGA